UGCAGAAAUCCUAUUAUUUUGGUUUUCUUUUUUACAACAGUUACCAAGGCAUGAAUCUAAUUCAUAUACAACUGCAUUUCCAGGUAACAGGAGCUAGCUUUACCACAUACUUUAUCUUUCAUUCGAAACAUCUCGCUUAUAUACAUUAUAACAUGAGAAAAUAUCGACAUUUCCGAAGGAAGGGUCAGCUGAUUAGAGGUGCGCGUAUUUCAAACGGAUUCGUAAACAAAGGACUAUCAGGAUGGUUUGUAACAAGGCUCCAUGUUUUGUUUUAAGUUCAUGUGAAAGAGAAGUCAUCAACAAGCACAAAAAAUCCAUCCAAGACAAAUUACAGAGCCAUGGAUCUGAAAAUGGUAGCCCUUCACCAGACACAGGUGUGAAGAAGAUAACAUUUAUUAAUUGUCAAGAUACAGUUUGUGAAGAUGCUUAUAACAUAUCGGAGUACUUUAUAUAUCUGUGUCGAAAUUAUCAGCUUUUACCCAAUGAAAGAAGUACUCUGCUUUCUCCUAUGGAUCAGCUGAUUGCAGUGCAGCUCUGCCUGGCAGAAAAGAACAAGGAGGAAAGGGGUGAAUUUGACAUAGAAACAAGCACGGUUUUUGAAUGUAAUAAAGAAAUCAUCAAGACUAAGCUCCAGUUUGCGGCUAAUGCAGAGCCCCCGAAGAUUUCACUUCAGUCUGCAUCUAAUGCAGACCCUCCAGAGUUUUCAAAAAACUAUCAUCAGUUUUUGAAGCAUUGCAACAAUGUGGACUCCUGUGACAUUUUCAAUCUAGUCCAAAAAGCAUAUUCUGAAAACUGUGAUCUCAGGGAAGAUAUGUCUAGUAACCUCUAUGUAUUUUUGGGUCUUCCCAAUGAUCCUGCAGAGAUUUCCAUGGUCACGAUGCUGUGUAAAGACAGAGCGGUCCAUAAAGUCAGUGUUGAGGUGUCUUUGGAGGGGGGUGAGGAUAUUGAUGUGUCUGUGGAGGGUGGUGGUGAGGAAGAAAAGGUGGAUGUUUGUAUUACAGCCUCAUCCCUCGACAGUCUGCUGUCACAGAGGACAAAGUGGAGGGGCAACAGCACCCCUGGUCCUUCACAGUCUGCUGCGUCCAUAAACCAGUUCUAUGUGCAGCUGGUGUACAUGGCCUAUCUGGAACUGUUAGUGAACUCUAGAUCUGAGCUUGCCCUGGCCAGGUCCUUUAAUGUGCCAGAGAGAGAACUUGAACUCUCUGCUUUCACAGACCUGAAACAUGAGGCCCAGAAAAAAAACAUGCCCAUGUACCAAACAGCCACUUCAUUCAUCAUGAAAGUGAGGCUGGGGGGCAAAGGUUACCAACCAGAUUCCACUUUACCAAUUACCCAGCACAUCAAAGGACUCAGUGACUUCAUCACCUUUACACAUAAACUGCAAACCAUCCUAGAGGAAGAGGAGAACUGCAGAGUUGCAUGUAGAAAGAUUCUAAAUGCCCUGAAGAAAGAAAUUAUCAAAACUCAAGAUAAAAGAAUUCAGACCUCCACUGUUGAGAAAAUUUGUGAGGAUCUUCAGAAGAGUGCUACUCAGGUCAUCCAGAGUGUGCAAAUGAACAGUCCGGGCAAGAAGCCAUCAUCUGGAGGAAGACCUCUGGGUUACAAGACUCUGAGAGCAAUCCAUCAUUUAGUGGAUAAACUGGUUACCAGUGCAGACAUUCUCAAAACAAACUCCCUGGAUGUUCUGUGUGACAGCUUCUCCAAUCAGCACACUCCAGUCAGGUUUCCCUGUCUGUUGUCACAGUUUAGAACUCCUUGUGAUGAUACAGACAGCCCAGAAUUGAACAAGUCAUUGGCUGAGAGACUUUUAGAGAAGCAGAAGAAAGAGACUCCUGUGCAUGCCAAGAGAUACAAGGCCACCAUGGACUGGGCUGCUCCUGUACACGAUGUCCAGAUGACAGACGACGCCCAGUCCUUCCAGUGUCAGAAGUCUGUGUAUGUCUUACCAAGCAAAACACUGGUGCAGCCAGCAAGUGCUUCGAAACAGAUAGCACUCCCAGGUCUGAAAGAGAGAACCUCACAGCAACUUAAUGAGGACAAUAAGAAGGACACCUCAAGUGAUCUCAAGGAAAAGCCUCUCGGUCAGGAAUCCCGACAGGAGGAGUCCAUCUCAAAAACGAAAGACGAUGUAGAAAAUCAUGUUGAAGUUGGGGGUAAAGGGAAGAAAAGGUUAGCAGAACCGAGUGAAAAGGAGCCAAAGAAAACGAAGACACAAACCCAGGGGAAAACUUGUCGCAGGAAACUUCUGCCCCAAAUCAAAGGCCAGCAACAAAUUAACAGGUUCUUCAGAUUGUAGGUUAUAAUGUGAAAGUGCUGCCCCCAAAUCAAAGGCCAGCAACAAAUUAGCAGGUUCUUCAGAUUGUAGGUUAUACUGUGGGCCAUUAUUGCUCUGCAGGGAUUAGAUGUAGAUCAAACUACUCUGGGUUGUCGUUAAAAUUGUGCUGUCUCUAUUUAUUUUAUUGAAAUAUACACACAUGUACAUGUAUUUUACACUAUUUAUUUUAUCCAAUCUUGAUAUUACACAUGCUUGAUAUUGUUCUGAGUGAAUAUUUGUUACCGCUAUGAACUGUGCUAUAAACAAAAUUAAAACUGCA